AUGGUAUUUGCGGUUCGUAUCCGGGAUCAUGUUGGCGCGCCUCGAUUGGUGAAACAGGCGCUCUCCCGAUUGCGGUUGCGAGAAAAGAACGAUGGUGUCUUUGUUCGCUACGACAAUUCCGCCCGUAAGUUGUUGCAUUUGGUGGAACCCUGGGUUGUAUACGGCCCACCGACCAAAGCGGUGGUUGAAGAUUUAAUUAAUCGUCGGGGGUUCGGAAAAGUUGACGGUAAGCGUGUGCCGUUAUCGGAUAACACCGUCAUCGAAGAACACUUGGGCACAAACGACAUGAUCUGUGUUGAAGAUUUGGUACACGAGCUGUACAACGUUGGCGAGAAUUUCAAGGCAGCCGCAACAUUUCUAUGGCCCUUCCGACUGUCCGAAUUGAAAACAGACUUUGAACGCCGGACUUUGGGCGUGAAGGACAAUAAAGACUAUGGAGACCGCGGUGAAGCCAUCAACGAAUACAUCAAGCACAUUUUGUAA